GAAAAAGAAAACCCCCAAACUGCCCGGCAAUGAUCAAGAAGCCUCUAUCCAAUUUGUUUGAUUCCGCCCACCACACGCUAAACAACCUAUUUAUACACACCCAAUCCAUUCACGGUCAGCUCAGAUCAGAUCAGAUUCAUAAUUUCAACGCCAAGCAAUUCAAACCAAAAAUAAUGGAGAAUAAUAAGAAGCAGCAGUAUCAACGCGUGUUCGACUGUUUCGACGAGAACAAGGACGGGAAACUGUCGGCGGCGGAGCUGCAACGGUGCAUGGCUUCCAUCGGCGACGACUUGACCUUAGAGGAGGCGGAAGAAGCCAUGUUGAGGAUGGGUUGUGGGGAAGACGAUGGGUUGCUGGGGUUUGAGGAGUUCGUGAGAUUGUUGGAGGAUGGGAACGAUGAAGACAAGGCUAGGGAUUUGAAGGAGGCGUUUUCGUUGUACGAGAUGGAUGAUGGGUGUGGGUGCAUUACGCCUAAGAGCUUGAAGAGAAUGCUGAGCAGAUUGGGGGAGUCCAGAACCAUUGAUGACUGCAAAGACAUGAUAGCUCACUAUGAUCUCAAUGGGGAUGGUCUCCUCAAUUUUGACGAGUUUAAAGUUAUGAUGUCUUGUUAAUUAUUGUAAUUAAUUGGCCACUCUCCUUCCGAUUCCUAGCUUAGUAUUAUUAUAUUUGCACUACUGCUUCAUUCAGUCUUUCAAUUCUUCUGUUUAUAUGUAUUUAGAUUCCAUUCUUUUUGUACAGCAAACACUAUUUACCUCAGCUCAGCUCUCUCCUUUUUCUUUAUUCAUCUCAUUUAUCUUAUAAAAAAUUUGACAGA